GCCGCUAACGAACGGCGCUGAUUAUAAACAUCUAACAGGUAAUUGCAUCUACUAUAACAUCACAAACAAUAUGACCUGGCGGAAAGAUCAGAGUCAAGAAUCGCCACUGCCUCUAAAUGUGGAGAAUCCGACGACAGGUUCGAAAAUGUGAAUUUUCUCUUAUUGCGUAUGUAUGGGAAUAUUGAAGAGUCUUAAUAUCGUUAACUUAUAUCGAGUAAUAUUAGCUGCAACUAAUUCGAAUAUUUCCGCUGAUGAAUAAAAAUAGUCAGCAUUUACAUUGCUGUUCCUUAGUUCUGGCUUACUCUUAUAGAUCUUGUCUUCAGAGUACUUUCCAUCGAUUCAGUUUUGACCUUCGCUGGAUACUGAACUAUUUGCGGCCAAUGGAACUAUUAAUUGAAGUCAACAAAUGUAAUCAAAAUAUAGCCAAUGAAAUAUAGCUGUUCCCACGGUUGACAUUCCAAAGCCAAGGCGAUUCAAAGUCGUGUUCGUGAACAGGAUAAAUAAUUGUUGUCCCAGGUAUGUAACAAAAGCAACGUCAUCUCGAAUCCUGACCAAACAGGCCAUACACGGUCCCAAACUACUAUACUGGAUUUAGAAACGAGCGAUCGCGAACGAUCGAAAAAGAAGGUCUUCUCGUAUACACAUGCAUCGAACCUUGUAGGCAGAGGAGAGAGAGCCUGGGAACGAGUUUGCAAAGAAAGAAGCCACAAAAGAGGACUAGAAAGACGUAGCAGAUGGACACGAAAACGAGGCCCAAAGUUCCUUGAAAAAACCUAGAGAUGCAGCGUGCAGUCUUCACAAAAAAAUCUCGAUUUCUGCCGGCUGCAGACUAGCCUGCAAAAACAGCCGUCCUUCUACGCUCCCGGCCUGAGCGGCGUUUCGCGAGACGCCACUCGGGCCGGGAGCGAAGAAGGACGGCUGUUUUCGCAGGCUAACCGCUGACAGGCCGAAACAAAAUUAGGAUGCGUUCUCUCGUUCCCCGAGAACGCAAUAAACAUUGACGGUUUUCCUUCGGCAGAACUUUAUUAACAACGGACAUCGUGGCUGCAUGUUAUCAUGAAAAAGAUUUACAAUUUUCCCGAGAAAUCUGAGCUGCCAAAGUUCAUACUUCCGGAGAACAUUAGUUGGCUUAUUUUUUUCUGCGGUUUCCGGCGUGGAAAUGAAAAAAAUUGCAGAGAUCAGGACAGGCUCACUUUCUAUAUGACGACAUGGCUGAUCAUCGCAGUUAUACGGAAUUAUAGACUUGUUAGCCUGCGUAGCUCGGCAGUUUUGAAGCAAUUUGAGCGCCCUAAGAAAGCGGCGAAGCCACGAUAACGAGCGCCAAAGCCGGGAGUCUGGGAGAGAGACACGAGAGAGAGACAACUGAGAAACCGGUUCCUCGCGGCUUCGCCGCUCAUUUUCACUACUUUGCCGCUUUGGGCGCUCGCGCUCAAGUUCCUUAAAAAAUUGCUUAAACCGCCAAGCUACACAGGCUAUAGAAUUGUAUGUGGAAUUAUGUUUAUAAAAACGACUGCGAUCAUGCGCAAUCGAAGUCUUUACUCAAUCGUCUAAAAAUGGCGCAAUUGGUCAAAAUACCCAUCUACCUCGUCUAGUACGCUUUAAUCGUACGGGUCAAACUAGCCUUUUAGAUAUAGUAUAACCAUAGCAUGGCUCUUUCUUUAGAACAUCCUAUUUGGCGAGAGAUUUGUAUUCUAAGCUAGGACCCUCUAAAAAUCUGUUCAAAUUUGGCAUGUAAAUUAAAUUGCGGCGAUAGUUGUAUGUUUCAAACGGCCAAGAAGUAGACAAAACCGAGAGAAAAUGAGGGACAAAACGUAAUUACUUUAAGAUGAUUUUCAGCUCAGAGAAAUGAUCAAGGCGUAAAUUACUAAUUGUGUGAAUAUGAAAUCAAGGCAAGUUUCAAUCUUUCUGUACUGGCCUGUUUUAAAAAUGCGCAAUUUUACAUAAAUUCCAUCGGCCAUCUUAGUUGAUUUAUCGUUCCGUUCACAAAAAUGUGAACUCGCUGGAACUUUUAAAGUAUGUUUCUGAAAAAAAGUUCACCAAAAGGGUCUUUUUAACACAAUAUAAGAAAAUUCAAAUUUUCCAACCUAACGUCAGAUUCUCCAUAUUUAGAGGCAGUGAUGCUAUAUUUAAAGGCAGUGGUUCUUAAAUACUUGGCUCGUUGUCAAGAGGGUAGUGCACUGUCAUCGUUGUUGCCGUCACUGGCGGGAAUCAAAUUAGACUCAAUUUGAAUCUAUUGUCGCUAGGUAUGCAAAAAAUAAAUCAAAUCAAAACACUAAAAAAUUACAAAGGCUUCACUUUUAUAGAAUACUUAGUUGGAAAACUAGUGCCGGUGUUUCGGAAUUUACUUGUAAAUUCGAAGCAUCGCCCAAAAGAAUUUUGCAACCCCAAGAAAACGCCAGAAAACGGAUAAAGAAAUCAAGAUCUUCAAGAUGUCACACGGAAGUCACUCACAUGGAGGGAUGGACGAACACACAACGAUGGCGACGAACGCGUCUACAGCCAUGAACCGGUCAAUGGAUCACCCAAGUGGUAACGCUCACAUGGGAGGACACGGUGAAGCUGCUGGGCAUGCGAUGACGUUCCAUCUCAGAACAGAUCUUAACCUCUUGUUUGAACCCUGGGACAUUUCCACGACAAAGGUGUUGGUUGGCUCGUGUAUUGUAAUGGUUAUACUGUCCGCAUUAUAUGAAGGUCUUAAAAUCUUCAGAGCCAAGCUAAUGAACAUGCACGCAAGAAAAGAAAGAGAAACCAGAAAGGAAGAGGCUGCAUACAUUACAAAACCUCAACACUGCUGCAGGCAGAUAUGCAGCUGCCUUCACUUGACGCAGACAGCGAUUCACGUGGUGCAAGUUGUGCUGGGAUACCUGCUGAUGUUGGUAGUGAUGACGUAUCAAGUUUACCUGGGCAUUGCUGUAAUAUUAGGAGCGGGACUGGGCUACUUUUUAUUUGCUGGAUUGAUCAGUGAAGGCGUUCAAGGGAAACCCAAGUGUAACCCGAACUCCACGGAAGAGAAUUCAGCAAUUGUUCUAGGCAUGACAAAUUUCAACGAAAUCAGUGGUGGACCACAAAUGCAGGAACAAAGUUCUUCCUAUUUGGGCAUUCAUAAUAAGGGAUUUGGCCACGGCUAGUUAUUCAGCUUAGCUGUAGGCUGGUCUUUUGUAUCGGUUCUUGUGUACCGGUACAGAAGGACACAACCUAGUCGUCUUUCCGAAUUGUUGGCCCAAGGCCUAUUCUGAUGUAAAUUACAACUAAGAGCUACUAGGCCCACGA